GGAGCAUGUACAGUGAUGACGUCAUGGUGGGACCCUCGUCAGAAAACUAUCAUACAUAAAAAUAUCAACGCAUGCAUAGUUCCACUUUGCUUUCUCCAUGGAUACGCUGUUACCACGAUAGAGGGCGUUGGCAGUCAACAAAAAGGCUUACAUCCAUUACAGGAGAAUAUGGUGGCGUGUCAUGGCGUACAAUGUGGUUUUUGUGCCCCGGGUAUGAUAAUGUCUGCGUUCACGCUCUCUCAGACGGAAACGGAGCCAUCCCAGGAACGACUGGAGCAGUCACUGGAAGGAAAUCUUUGCAGAUGUACAGGAUACAGGCCAAUUAUAGAAUCAUUCAAAUCUCUUUGCAAGGACUGUGAAGAAACAUGCGCUGAUAUUGAAGAUAUCUGCAAAAUUCGGACACGCGAGGUGAAAAGUCUUCAGAAGACACCAAACGGUGACUACACCUUCUCCUCGGACUUACAGGAUAUUAGUUCUAACACUGCACGGUUUGUGUCCGGGGAUAUGGUGUGGAUCAGACCAACCACCCUCCAGGAAGUCCUACAACUUUUGGCUGACAUUCCGGGAGCUAGGAUUGUCAUGGGCGCUACCGCGAUGAGCUAUGGAUUGAAGAAGGGACAUGUGACCGGAAGUACAUUAAUUUGCUGUUCACAUGUACAGGAAAUGAAUGUAUUGACGUUACACAACAAUGUACUGGAGGUCGGUGCUGGUGUUGAUCUCGCAUCCUUGGAAAGUCAUUUAGACGAUAUCAUCUCUGUCGAUAAGAAAGAUCAAAGUGACACGUGCUUACAUGCACUGAAGGAGAGUUUACGAUGGCUGGGAUCAAAUCAGAUCAAAAACAUGUCGACUAUUGGUGGCCAUCUUGGUCUUUGUGAUCCACGUUCAGACCUGUUUCCUGUGUUAAUGGCUCUAGGGGCAACGGCAGUGGUAGCUUCCAAAGGAAGACAGUCAGAAGUUUUGAUCAACGACAAUUUUAUUUCUGGACCGUGGAAGACUAGUCUGAAGGAUUCGGAGGUGAUAGUGUCCGUACGAGUACCUGUAGAUAUGAACACGAAAGCCUUCUACUACAAACAGGCAAAGAGGAAGAGCUUUGACUACGCCAUUGCUAACGCUUGUUUCACAAUUACUCUGGCCGGGCAGACGGUCACAUCAGCAAGACUCUAUUUUGGCGGGAUCGGGCAGACAUUUAUAUCCGCAUCAAAUACUGCUAGCACUCUUAUUGGAAAAACUUUGAACUCGUCAACGUUUGAGAACGUACGUGACACACUCACGGAAGAUCUCAAACAAACUCAAACAGAAACAGAACCAGUAAACAAGUUCAAACUGCAGUUAGGCCAGGCGUUUUUACGGAAGUUCUGGAAUCAAAUAGCGACUGAUGUUCAGGAGACAGAUCGUGAAUCACAGGACUGGGGUACCAGUACAGGAACACAGGUGUGGGAGGCUCCAUCCCCAAACCAGCCAGAACAUGAUGCAGUAGGAAAACCAAUUCCUGUUGUAGGAGGUCCUGCCCUGGUGACAGGCGAAGCGACGUUUAUUGAUGAUAUUCCACGACCUCAGGGAGAGAUAUGGGUCGAGCUUGUCUGUAGUAAAAAGGCACAUGCCAAGAUAUUGUCAUUAGACGUGACCAACGCUAGGAAGGUUCCAGGUUUCAUUGACUUUAUGGACUCGAGCUGGAUACCAGGGCGGAAUGAAUGGGGAAUCAUUGUCCAAGAUGAUGUACUCUUCGCUACAUCAGAGGUUCAUUUCUAUGGACAACCAGUUGGUGCGAUUUUAGCAGAAACAGAACAGGCGGCAAAAAAGGCAGCAAGGAUGGUGGAAAUACAAUAUGAAGACCUACCCGCUCUUUUGACAAUUAAGGAUGCCAUUGCUUGGGAAGCAUUUAUACCAUUCAAAUCCAAACCACUGCAAGUCGGUGACCCUGAGGCGGAGUUUGAGAACUGUGACAUCGUACGGGAAGGUGUAAUCCAGUCAGGUUAUCAAGAACACAUGUACAUGGAGCCUAAUGCAGCAGUCGUUAUCCCACACGAGGAUGAUGAACUAGAAGUGUUUAUAACUACCCAAUCACAGCAGUUUUGUCAAAAAGCGGUGGCAGAGUUGAUAAACAUUCCAUCAAAUCGCGUUACAGUGAGGACAAAAAGAGUCGGAGGGGCUUUCGGUGGAAAGGAAUUUAGAGUCAUGUAUGUUCUUGGUCCAGCGGCCGUCGCAGCGUAUAGGACAGGACGAACAGCUCGGUGUAUAUUAGAUAGAUCUACAGACGUCAUGCUAACAGGAAAACGUCAUCCGUUCCUGACAGAGUACAAAGCCGGAUUCAACACUGAUGGCAAACUUAAAGCCGUCAAACUGAAGAUUUUUGUCGAUGCUGGUUACUCCGUAGAUGUUACGACUUGGAUACUGAACAAAGUAAUGUUCCAUGUGGAUGGUAGUUACAAAAUCCCUAACUUCAGAGUGGACGGGUGGAUCUGUCGGACUCACACUCCGUCCAACACCACCUUCAGGGGUUUCGGGGCACCAGAGGGAGCUUACAUUAUUGAAACACUCCUUGCAGAUUCACAGUCGGCACUUACAGUCACACCAGAGCAGAUCCGGGCGACCAAUUUAUACAAGGAAGGCGACUCCACACAUUACCGUGCAAUCCUGACGGAUUGUAAUAUUGAGAAAUGUUGGAAUGAGUGUAAGAAAAAGAGUAACUUCGACCAGAAAAAAGAAGACGUCAAACAUUUUAACAAGGCGCAUACUUGGAGAAAGAGAGGAAUUGCAUUGAUGCCUUCAAAGUGUUCCGUUUCCUAUCCAAAUCGAGCAGAAAAUCAGGGUAGCGCCCUUGUUAACGUUUACCUGGAUGGAUCCGUGCUUCUAUCACAUGGAGGGAUAGAAAUGGGACAGGGGCUCCACACCAAGAUGAUACAGGUUGCUUCUAGAGCUCUCGGGAUUCCGAUGGAAAAGGUUCACACAAGUGAUACUGGAACACAUAUUAUUCCGAAUUCCAUUUCAUCAGCAGCGAGCUUUAGCACAGACAUUUUCGGAGAGGCCGUUCUAAAUGCAUGCACAACACUACGGGAGAGACUGGCGCCACUUGUGGAGAAAAACCCACAGAUUUCCUGGACUGACCUGGUUCAAAAGGCUUUUGCCGAACGAAUAAGUCUGUCGGCUACUGGUUAUUGCAGGAUUGGAAACCAUCACUGGGACUUUGAGAAGGGAGAGGGUAACCCUUAUCAUUACUAUACGUUUGGUGCGGCCUGUUCCGUGGUGGAAAUUGACUGUUUGACAGGGGCACACCAGGUUUUAAGUACUGAUAUUGUGAUGGAUGUCGGCAAAAGUCUCAACCCUGGUAUCGAUGUUGGUCAAAUAGAGGGCGCUUUUGUACAGGGAUACGGUUGGCUGACUUCGGAGGAGAUACUGGUGGAGGCGAACGGUCGAUACAACAUUUCUGGACCAGUAGACUACAAGAUUCCGAACGUCAAAGAUAUCCCCAGAGAAAUCCGCGUAUCUCUCUUAAAGGAUUGUCCCAACGAACGGGCUGUGUAUUCGUCAAAGGGUAUUGGAGAACCACCUUUACUACUGUCCAUCUCCGUGUACCUGGCCCUGAGAGAUGCUAUCGAUUCCGCUAGAGGGAGUGCUGGUUUGUCUCCUUUAUCUAGCUUGAACAUACCGGUUACUGCUGAAGCCAUACGGUCGACGUUGCCUUGAUUUUAUUUCACAAAGAGGUGUGUAACCUUGCAUCAAAACAAUCCAGUUCAACAAACAUCACAAACAAUUGACACUCAGAGAAAAAAUCAAACAAACAAUGUGGAAUUUUCAGAAUACUGGAACAGGCGAAAAUGUGAAAUGAUUGUGAAAUACUCGGAUCUGGAGUGGAUAUGGACAACUCACGUGGAUGUUCAACGGUUUUUCAGGAUUGAAUCGAUGAUCACUCGGCAUAGACGGGUGAUAAAUCCUAACAACAAAUAAACAGCUAAUUUGUACAUACAUGCACACGACUGAAUCGAACGCGCCAAAUCAUACUAGAAGUGCGCUUGAUUUAAGUUAAAUAGGUUUACACGAACAGGUGCUAUUCUGAUUUAUCACAAUGAAAAACUUAAGAAAUAUU